CUUCCAUACUGUCUGGUUAACAGCAUUCUGCAAAAUAUUUUUUGUGUAUUCAACAGAAGAAAGAAACUCAUACAGGUUUGGAACAACUUGAGAGUGAGUAAAUGAUGACAGACUUUUCAUUUUUGGGCGAACUAUCCCUUUAAAUCACAACAGGCCGAUCCUGAGUCAUCCCCAUAUAUAAGUGUACUCACAUUUUUGUUAAAUUAAUAAAGUUACAAGUAUAAAUUUAAACAAAAAUAUACAUCUGAACCUAUGUCAGUAGUCUCAGUUGCAUGAUGGGAUGGAACAAACAAAUGGGGUAUUUUUGUUUGCAAGAUGCCUGUGAAGGACAAUGUGUCCUAUUCAAAACAACAUGAUGCUGACAUGUGUCAACCAAUCGCUGCAACAUAGAUAUAAUCAUCACACAUGCAUGCUUGGUUCAGAUGCCAUCUUACUCCAAACACAAGACGACGUGAGCUUUGACACUGCAGGCAUGAAUGUGAUAACUGCGCUGCUGUUUUUUCUCUCAGGUCUUUUUGGUGGUUACUCUCUUCUUCCCAAGCGGUUCUUUUAUGUAACUAACGUAAUGACUUGGACAGAUGCUCAGAGCUACUGCAGACAGAAAUACACAGAUCUGGUUUUUGUAUACAGUAAGGAGGAUAUAGACAAAAUCAAAGCUUCUUUACCAUUGUUUGUCUCAGUUAAUGCAUGGAUAGGGGGGUUUGAUAUGAAUUUUGAGUCUGAUUCACAAAACAUUACGGAAAGUGAAAAUACCCAGACUCAGAACUGUCUCACAAUAGACACUCAUUCUUGGAAACUGGCAAAAAAGAGUUGCACACUCACAUAUUCAUUUUUCUGUAGCCAAAGUGAAGGCAAAAGGGUGGUGUUGCGAAUGAAAGUGAAUACUGAUGGACAACUGGACCUCAAGGACCCUGGAAUAAGAUCAAAGAUGUUAGAUAAGAUCAACGAGAAAUUCAACAAAAUUGGGUUUGGUGAUGCCAUCAAAAUACAGUGGAUCACAACAAGGCGAGCAACACUGGGGAAAACGAGAGCAAAUAACACCUGCAAUUUGGAUACUAAUUAGUUUUUAUUUUUAUUAUUUUGAAUGAAUUUGUAAAAUACAAUUGUAAUAAUCACAUAUAAUGUCUCGUUAUGCGUUUUGGGUUUUCAAUACAUUGUAAAGAAUGCAAAGGUUUUGUUAGAAAACUGUCACUUCAUAUUAAAAGAACAGUAGUUGUAUUUAUCUUUUUCUUAAAGGGUUAGUU